UCUGCGAUCGGACCUGUCCCCACCUGCUGCCCGCGUUCUCCUCCCCCGCCCACAGCCCUGGGCGAGCGUGUCCGGCUACGGAGCGCCGACGCCGAGCGCGGCGGAGAAGACACCCAAGCGCCGGGCUGGGCUGCGUGUCCGUGCUGGGGAGGAGCCGGGUCUCGAACUCAUCACCUCUGCGCUCUGUGUGUGGGGCGGGGGAGGGCGCGCAACUCGACCUGGAGACCCAUCGCCACAUAGAUGCCAGAGAAACAAGUGUCAUGAAAAAGGAGCAGAAAAAAAGACUUCACUGUUGGUGAAAGGCAUGUUCUUCCCCAGUUGGUGGUUAUCUCGUGAUUGGAAGAGAGUUGUUAGGUGUCUGUGGAGAUUAGAGUCCUUUAGCCGCUCAAGUGAAGAGGAGGAAAGAAGAUGUGGCCUUGCUUUCUCUGUGUCCCAAUAGGCUGAUGAGUAAGUAAGCAUGAGAAAGAAGUUUGAAAUGAAAGCAAGAAUUUUGAUUGUUUUGUCUUUCAACCACGUAGAGCUUUCAACCAUUGUUGCAAGUGCUUUUCUCCCAACAAUGGAAGAAGAAAGCAUUCACCAGUCAAGAAGCGCACAGAGUUGAGAGGAACCACAGCACUCUCCCCUCACUCAGAAUGACAUAUUUCCGCGUGCUCUCUCGGUGAACAUGUAGAAGCAUGUCAAACGUGAGUGGUGAGUUGGUCACCAGGGAUGUUUGCCUAUGCUAGGAAUGACUUCAUUUGCAUUUUUGGGUGAGGGGAUUUAUUACUCCUCCUUUUUCUUUUCAAUGUUUUUAAACCAUGUAUUAACUCAUCAUGUUAAACAGAUUUGUGUAAAGGAAGUAAAUGCAGUUCUCAUGGUAUUUUCUGACUAUAUGACUGUUCUGUGAGUAUCAUGGAAAUAUUGGAGGUAUUAAUAUUCUUUGAAGUUUUAUAUCUUAUUGGAAGCAAAGCUCUGCCAGGGACACAGACAGACAGUAUAAGAUUUCGCUUUUUGGCAACUACACUUGCUUUGAGUGAGCUGAAUGCCAACUGGAUUUCACAGCAUCUAUGAUUUCAAGUCUGUUUAUCAAGACAUUUUAUGUAUAUUUUAUACUAACCAGAAUGGAAACACAUUAAACACUGUGUUUGACAUGUAUGCCUAAGGAAAGGAUCUUCCUCAUGGAUCAUGGCGUUAAUGUUUACAGGACAUUUCCUAUUUUUAAUGUUGGUGAUGUUUGGUUUCUCCACCUGUGAAAAAUCUGUGAGCAAUUACUCUGAAUGGGCAGUUUUUGCAGAUGAUCUAGAUCAGUUUAAGUCCCAGAAAGUACAAGAUUUGAGACACAACCCAGAGCUGAAAAGGAUGCUUCACCCAAGUUUGUAUUUUGAUGCUGCUGAUAUACAAGCAAUGCGACUGAAGUCUCGCACAAGCCAUUCGCAUCUCUUCAGAGCUCUCCGAAGUGCAGUGAUGGCUAUGCUGUCUAACCCAACAUACUACCUACCUCCACCCAGGCAUGCCGAUUUCGCUGCCAAGUGGAAUGAAAUUUACGGUAAUAACCUGCCUCCUUUAGCACUGUAUUGUUUGUUAUGCCCAGAAGACAAAGUUGCCUUUGAAUUUGUCUUGGAAUACAUGGACAGAAUGGCCUCGUACAAAGACUGGGUAGUUGAGAACGCACCAGGAGAUGAGGUCCCAAUUGGCCAUUCCUUAACAGGUUUUGCCACUGCCUUUGACUUCUUAUACAACCUGUUUGAUGACUAUCGGAAACAAAGAUACCUGGAAAAAAUAUGGGUUAUUACUGAGGACAUGUAUGAAUACUCCAAGAUCCGCUCUUGGGGCAAACAACUUCUCCAUAACCAUCAAGCAACUAACAUGAUGGCCUUACUCAUUGGGGCCUUGGUUACUGGAGUGGACAAGGAGUCGAAAGCAAACAUAUGGAAACAGGUUGUCGUCGAUGUGAUGGAAAAAACUAUGUUUCUGUUGAAUCAUAUUGUUGAUGGUUCACUGGAUGAAGGGGUGGCCUAUGGGAGCUACACAGCCAAAUCAGUCACACAGUAUGUGUUCUUGGCUCAGCGCCAUUUUAACAUCAACAACUUGGAUAAUAACUGGCUAAAAAUGCACUUUUGGUUUUAUUAUGCCACCCUUUUGCCAGGCUUCCAAAGAACUGUGGGUAUAGCAGACUCGAAUUAUAAUUGGUUUUAUGGUCCAGAGAGCCAGCUAGUUUUCUUGGACAAGUUUGUCCUAAAGAAUGGAGCUGGAAAUUGGUUAGCUCAGCAAAUCAGAAAGCAUCGACCUAAAGAUGGACCCAUGGUUGCUUCCACCGCCCAAAGGUGGAGUACUCUUCACACUGAAUAUAUCUGGUAUGAUCCUCAGCUGACCCCACAGCCUCCUGCUGAGUUUGGGACAGCAAAAAUGCACACGUUUCCUAACUGGGGUGUUGUGACUUACGGGGCAGGGCUGCCAAACACGCAGACCAAUACUUUUGUGUCAUUUAAAUCCGGAAAACUGGGAGGAAGAGCUGUGUAUGACAUAGUUCACUUCCAGCCAUACUCCUGGAUUGAUGGAUGGAGAAGCUUUAACCCAGGACAUGAACAUCCAGAUCAAAAUUCAUUUACUUUUGCCCCCAAUGGUCAAGUGUUUGUCUCUGAAGCUCUUUAUGGACCAAAGUUGAGCCAUCUUAACAAUGUGUUAGUGUUUGCCCCAUCGCCUUCAAGCCAGUGCAAUAAGCCCUGGGAAGGUCAGUUGGGAGAGUGUGCCCAGUGGCUCAAGUGGACUGGGGACGAGGUUGGUGACGCAGCUGGGGAAAUCAUCACUGCCUCUCAGCACGGAGAAAUGCUGUUUGUGAGUGGGGAAGCUGUAUCUGCCUACUCCUCAGCAAUGAGGCUGAAGAGCGUGUACCGUGCUUUGCUUCUCUUAAAUUCUCAAACCCUACUUGUUGUGGACCACAUUGAGAGGGAUGUUGCUUCCCCAGUCAACGCUGUCAGUGCCUUCUUUCAUAACUUGGAUAUUGAUUUUAAAUACAUCCCAUACAGGUUUAUGAACAGGUAUAACGGUGCCAUGAUGGAUGUGUGGGAUGCGCAUUAUAAAAUGUUUUGGUUUGAUCAUCAUGGCCACAGCCCUGUGGCUAAUAUACAGGAAGCAGAGCAAGCUGCUGAAUUCAAGAAAAGGUGGACUCAGUUUGUAAAUGUCACAUUUCAGAUAGACUCCACCAUCACUAGAAUCGCCUAUGUAUUCUACGGGCCGUAUGUCAAUGUUUCCAGCUGCAGAUUUGUUGACAGUUCCAACUCUGGACUUCAGAUUUCUGUCAAUGUCAACAAUACUGAACAGGUCAUUUCCAUUGUCACUGACUACCACAACUUGAAGAGCAGAUUCAGUUACCUGGGCUUUGGUGGCUUUGCCAAUGUGGCUGAUCAGGGACAGAUAACCCGAUUUGGUUUGGGCACUCAAGCAGUCAUAAAGACCAUGAGACAUGAUCGAGUGAUUUUCUCUUUUGGGUUUAAAUUUAAUAUAGCAGUUGGAUUAAUUCUUUGCAUCAGUUUGGUCAUUCUAACUUUUCAGUGGCGGUUUUACCUUUCUUUUAAAAAGCUAAUGCGUUGGAUACUAAUCCUUGUUAUUGCUUUGUGGUGUAUUGAGCUGUUGGAUGUGUGGAGCACUUGUACCCAGCCCAUCUGCACAAAAUGGACUCAGGCAGAGGCCAAGGCGAGCGAGAAAGCCGUCACUCCAGAAGGGCAUCAUGUGGAUCUUCCUGAUGUUGUCAUUACCUCACUUCCUGGGUCAGGAGCUGAAAUUCUCAAACAACUUUUUUUUAACAGUAGUGACUUUCUCUAUAUCAGAAUUCCUACCGCCUACAUUGAUAUUCCAGAAACAGAAUUUGAAAUUGACUCAUUUGUUGAUGCCUGUGAGUGGAAGGCAUCUGAUAUCCACAGUGGGCAUUUUCGUUUACUUCGAGGCUGGCUGCUGUCUUUAGUCCAGGACACAAAACUACACUUGCAAAACAUCCAUCUGCAUGAACCCAGUAGGGGAAAAUUGGCCCAAUAUUCUAUAAUGAAUAAGGACAAAAAGCGAAAAUCAAAAAGGAGAGAGUCUUUGCCAGAGCAAAGAAGUAGAAUGAAAGGAGCCUUUGAUAGAGACGCAGAAUAUAUCAAGGCUCUGAGGAGGCACUUGGUCUACUACCCGAGUGCCCGUCCUGUGCUCAGCUUAAGUAGCGGUAGUUGGACUUUAAAGCUUCAUUUUUUUCAGGAAGUCUUAGGAACUUCGUUGAGGGCAUUAUAUAUAGUAAGAGACCCUCGAGCAUGGAUUUACUCAAUGGUGUAUGGUAGCAAACCGAGUCUUUAUACUUUGAAGAAUGUACCAGAGCACUUAGCAAAAUUGCUUAAGAUAGACGAAGGUAAGGGUAGGUGUAACAUAAAUUCAGGCUACGCUUUUGAGUAUGAAUCACUGAGGAAAGAAUUAGCCACGUCCACGUCCAGCGCCGUCACCUUAUUGUCUCACUUGUGGCUAGCAAACACUGCAGCAGCAUUGCGGAUAAAUACAGAUCUGCUGCCCACCAGCUACCAUCUGGUAAAGUUUGAAGAUAUUGUUUACUCUCCUCAGGAGACAACUGAAAGGAUUUUUGCUUUCCUUGGAAUCCCUUUGUCUCCUGCUAGUUUAAACCAAAUAUUGUUUGCUACAUCCACAAAUCUUUUCUACCUUCCUUACGAAGGGGAAAUAUCACCCACUCAUAUUAAUGUUUGGAAAAAGAACUUGCCUAGAGAUGAAAUUAAACUCAUUGAAAACAUCUGUUGGACCCUGAUGAACCGUCUAGGAUAUCCAAAGUUUAUGGACUAAUAUGCUGCAGGUCAGCAACAAUUUUGCACUAAUCCUUCCCAACCCGCUUUGUGGAUAUGAACUAGCAAAGUUUGUUUAUUCUUGUAUCCUGUGUGUAUGUGUGCGCCUGUGUGUGUGUGUGUGUGUGUGUGUGUGUGUGUGUGUGUGUGCGCGCGCGCGCGCGCUCAGUCCUUUACUUGCACAGAGAGAUUAUUUUAAAAAAAAAUAGGUACCCCAUUUGGACUAGCAGGAUUUAUUUUUGUGUUACAAAUUUCCUUGCCUCUAUUUCUGAUUUUUUUUUCUCUGCUAAAAUGUUUGUGCUACAGAGGUGAGGAUAAAAUUAUAUAUGGGCGUCUGGAAAGAUGGGAAGAUUUUUAAAGGACUUUGUUUAAGUCGCCUUCAUUGGUAACUGUGUUAAUCUGUCUUGGGACCUCAAACACUUCUAAAGGCCUUGCAAUUGCUGCGUUACCCAGGCAUCUCUCACUUUCAAGACGGACUACAAAAAUUCCUUAUCGUUUUGAAAAGGUCUUCUUACACUUAUCUUGCACAAAGAAACAGAAAAAUAUUAUUUUACCUUAUAAUAAUGUUCAGUGAUACCACUGGAGAAAUGGUGAAUGUUCCUGUCAGUAACAUAGGCCUCCUUUUGGAAAUAGAUUUUCUUUUUUUAUUUGAAGUUUGAAACCAUGACCUGAAAGCCUUUGUAAAGUUCUUUAACUUAAUAUGAAAUACAUAUAUUAAUGGUCUCAGUGCUGAAGUCUAGUGGAUUAUUUUAGACAUGCAUCUCUGUUUAAAACGGCUCUCUUUGCCUUCCUGAAACAGCUGUUCACCAUCACACCACGCCCACCAUAUCCUUUCUGUCAUUGUCAAAACCAGUCAGUAGUUCCUAGUUGCUGAACUAGCAUUGGAGAUUUUUUUCCCCCUGAUGAUGAAUUUUACAUUAAAACUUACACUGACUUAA